UGGAGAUCCCUCCUCUGGAGUUUCACAGUGAACCCCAGUCACAGGUAAGCUUUCUAUCUAUUCUCUUUUGGUAAAAUAGCUGCUUUGCCAAACUCUCUGGUAUAUUUCAUAAUUAUAAUGUCUGUACAUUCAUUGAUUAUACAACUAGAAAUUGUGCUUGAUUGUAAUCAUGCCCCUUAAGAGGGUGAGCUGUGCUAAGCUUUGGGCUUGGGAUCUGUGUUUUGGUGUUGGGAACUCAAUUUUAACAAGACCACUGCAGGGGACAAAAUUGGUAUUCACCUUGCCUGUACAGCUUCCUUUGGCACCAACUCAGCAAGCAGUGGGCUUGGGUCUAUUUCCCUGUUUCCCAUAAAACCCCACUUUCAUCAUGUCCACUUCCACCCUGCACCAACUCCCUGAGCAGCUAUUGUGUUGCUUUUCCCCAGCUUGAAACCAGGGUUGUGAGCCUUUGUUAAUCAAAUUUCCCUGCACCUUGUCCAGCUAAGCCUCUGUGUCCUGUAAUUAAAGCACUGUACCCUUAGCUUCUGAGCUUUUGUUACAAGGCUGUGACAGAAAAGCUCCCUGCUUACCUGUUCCCAGCCUGGCUUGCAGUCCCUCAUCACAACUUGGAAGAUAGAAAACAGCUGCAGCUGCCAGCUGCAAAAGAAGAAAGAUCUAUAUCGGGUUGGUUGUGUUUCCAGUUACAAUCAGAUGGGAACAAAAGACUUUAACCUGCUUUAAAUACUGUGUUGAUUCUUGCUGCUUGGAAGGUGACGGUCCUGGUCCCUGGGGCUGCCUUCUUUCUGUUAAUCUCCCAGGAGCAUUGUAGAGCUAGGCAGGAGCAUGACUUAACCCUGUCACACUUCAGUAGGUGCUGUUAAUUGCCCAGGACUCGUUUUUUCUGCUCUCUCUGUAAUUGGUAUCGCUUCAUCCUUCCUAAUCCUCCAGGUAACCCAUCAUCUCGCUCAUCCUCACUGUUACUCAUGUGCAGUUGCAUGGUGUCGAGUGCAAGACCCAGUCCUCCAGCUACUGAAAAUCAGAUCAGGGUGGGAUCUCAGGCAUCACGUCAUCUGACAUGGAUGAAAUCUUCCCACAGCAUUCAUGAGGACCUUGUGAGCACAUGAGGCUUUAUACUUUUUUUUUUUUUCCUCUUGUAACAUUAAAGCUAUGUUUGCAGUUCAGACUCUACCCCAGGCUGAUGGAGUAGUGAAUUGCAUCAAGAUCUUUUCUCUCCAGCAGCAAUAAGCCCUGAGAAGUGCAUUGCUAACAGUCUUCCCUGUGCCUAUUCCCAGGGAAAUUCUCCUCCCCAUAACCUGCACCUCCUGGUAAAGCAGAGCCCUGGGUUGGGCAGGAGUCCUGAAGGCACCAAUGGGUCCAGUGGGUCAUUGCUCGAUUAUGGUGCUGGUUACCCUCACCGGACCUCAUGCUGACAUAUAGAAGACAAACUGAUUGGAAAUGUGAUACUCUGUGCCUGGUUUGGCUGUGGUGAUAAGGGAGUGGCGGUCGUCAGGAUCCUGACAGGAGCAAGUUGUUGUGUUUGGGCAGUGGGCCGGUGGCAUCCCGUGGGAAGCAGCUCUGGGGGUGAAGGAGCUCAGAAGGAUUGGCAGGUUUGAGGAUGGGGUCUUCCAAGGCCAUCCCAAAACUGAGUGAAGGGUGCAGGGAGGGUGGGAGGAGGAGGGGGCUCCUGGUGCCAGGCAAUCCGUGGCCCCACGCAGAGCCAUUUUGUGGUUUUGGGGGUUAUUUUGGUGCUGUGUGGGCUGUUUGGAAGGCAUUCUGUUAUUUUGGUGCCAUUUCAGGUUGUUUUGAGGUUAUUUUGGGAUCAUUUAGUAUCAUUUUGGGAUUGUUUCAGAGUUAUUUUGGUGCCGUUUGGGCCAGUUGGAGCUAGACUGUCUGUGGGCAGGUUGGACAUCAUUUGGGCCUUUUUGGGGCUGCACCGUGGUCAUUUUGGGGAUUCUUUUGGGAUGACAGUGUAGACACAACCUCAGCGCAGCGGCUGAUGGUGAGGCAGACCUGCUGGGCGACGCGCUGAGGGGACGCGGAGGGCGGGAAAGCAGCGGGCAGGGGCGGCUCGAGGAGGAGGCGUGGCUUGAAGAGUCCCCGCCCCCCCGCUCAAUAUAAAUCGAAGCGGCGGCGGCAGCGGCCCUAAGCGGGAGCGUGUCCCGCAGGGGCGGCCAUGGCGGCGCUGCGCUGCCUCCUGCUGCUGCUCUGCGGCGCUGCGCUGGGGCCCGCCGUGCACCUCGACUUCGCCGAGCACCGCAGUCAGGCGGCCAAGAUCAAGGUCAACCCCCGCGGCAACCUCUGGGCCACAGGUCACUUCAUGGGGAAGAAGAGCGCGCCCGGCACCCCGCACCUGGACGAGCUGCGGCAGCCGGCGGUGCCGGUGGCUUUUGGCCCCUCGCUCAGAGCUUUGCUGGAGGACGUGGUGGAACUGCUUACCCGGGAGCUCCUGAAAAUCCUCUUGCAAGAAAGACUUUUGGAUGAGAACCAAAGAAAAUACGAUCUCACUGACCAGGAGACUGGGCUUUUAACAAAGGUGCUGGAGAAGUAUCUUUCAAACUGAAGAAGCGCAGCAGUGAAGGAUGAGGUCAGCAGGCUAAGCUGUGCAUGGCAAAUGGAGGAGAGCAUCAUCCUUGUGGGUUACUGUAGCAACAUCACUUUAUUUAUUCUUUCUGUAAUACUGUUAAUAGUGAUUGCUUGUAUGAAAAGCAGAUCCUCCCUGUAUAUUUCCUGUAUGUUUUCUGCUUCCUUGAUGUCUGAUGUGCCCCUGUGAAUAAAACCAGCUCUUUGCAGAUGCUA